UUAGAACGUCAUUUCCGGUCGAUGUAGAAUUCUCACAACAUCAAGCUGGAGCUGCGAUUAUAAGCUAACGCUAGCUACAUCUAUUGUCAAUACAUUUUAACAACACAAGCAGAGGAAAGACAUGUCAGAUACGGAGACAAAACCAUCCAGCCAAGACGGGGGCGAUAAGAAGGAUGGAGAGUACAUUAAAUUAAAAGUGAUUGGUCAGGACAGCAGCGAAAUUCACUUUAAGGUUAAAAUGACGACACAUCUGAAGAAGCUGAAGGAGUCUUACAGUCAGAGACAGGGUGUUCCAGCAAGCACGCUAAGGUUUCUGUUUGAAGGACAGAGAAUCGCAGACAACCAAACUCCCAAAGAGCUGGGGAUGGAGGACGAGGACGUCAUCGAGGUUUAUCAAGAACAGACUGGCGGACUUUGGAAUGAUUAAACUCAUGCAUUUCUAAUUAUUUUUUUUUUCUUAUUUUGUAUUUUAUUUUGUAUGUAUGUAUGUACGUAUUUUUGUUCAGUUUCAAACCAUCUGGAUCAAAAGCGACUCUUAUCAGGGCUUCCGUAUGUGAGGGUGUGAACAGACUGAGGCGAGGAAGAGGACAGUGGCUCUCUGGGUCUCUGAAGUGCAGGGAUGCUCAUGCUGUUGACCCGAGCAAUAGCAUUCAACGUGAGUGUUACACCCAAAUAUACAUAGACAAACAUUAUUGUGGGUGUUUUGUCCUGUCUUUUUGGGGUGUCAGCAGAAACAAAUCAUGCUAUCAAGGAACAGUCUGCAUUAAAGUAAUAGUUCACCCAAAAAGGAAAAUGUUUUCAUCUAAUCUCAUAUUACAUCCGCAGGACAAAGUAAAUUAUCACGAUACAAUACCACACAGUUAGUUACAGCUUUGUGUCAGCUAAGCAAAGAAUUAUAAAAUAAUUAAACCAGAAAAUAUUACAGUAAAGUCUUCAAACAGCCCCUCCUAUAUAAUGUGUUCUGCACUUGGGGACCAAAAACCUAAAUUUUUACUUGUUUAUCUUCUCGAUUUUUAGCAAUUGCUCUGCACCCUGUUAUGAAAAAGAUUAUUAAUCAAUCCCAAUAGACAUGCAAGUACACAUGGACUCUGUGGCAAAACACAAGUCCUUCUGGCCUCUUAAGUUUGAGGAGGCUGAAGCAAAGCUGUGUCUGCUGGGCAGAUGUCAGACAGUUUUGGAUGCACUAUGCCUUUAAAUCUGUGUUGGACUAGCAGUGAUGCAAACACUGGUUUCAUCUUCUAUUUCCCUUGUACAGGACAUUGAAAAACUAUUUAGCUUGCACCCGUUCAUUUUGUUGACUGAGGAGAUAGGUGUCAAAGAUACACGAGGCAGUUCAAUUCACACAUCUUGUGUUUAACAUUCAGGGCCUUUCACAGGCGUUCUUACCACACAGAGGGUUCAUUUUGACACCAUGUGCUCAUCAACAGCUGGAUUACUGGGCACAUUGUCAGCAUUUGUCUCUGUAGAUUUCAAAAAUUUGCAUUUACAAUCACUGUGUGCCAUUUAAAACAAAAAUAAAAAAAAUGCAGCCAUCAUGAAAUUGUAAAAUGAUAAUUGACCUUUUACGGUAAUGACAUUUUAAACAUUUUUUUAAUUAAUAAUUGUGCUUUACUUGUAUGUUGUAUUUCGAAUGCUAUCUCAUAUGCAUCUCCAUGGUCUUCUUUUAUUUAUAUUUGAGAGAUUCAGUGAUGAUAUAUCUAAAUAUAUACCCGAUAUGGAAAUAUUUUGCUCGCUGACAGUAUUUUAAACUCAGAUGAUUCUGUCCUCCAGCAGUUUGUUCAAGGAAAAUCUAUGAACAGUGACAUUUACAGUUAUACUUUGGUGUCAGCCCUUGUUUUUGGAAUUAAACUCUGGAUCUGUG